CAUAAACAAACACAGGAACAGUAAGAAAAAAGUAAGUGCACAAGACAUGUUUUAAUAUCAUAAUAGAUUGAUUCCUUUAAAUAAUGCAAUAUUGUGGCACUAAAUCAGCUACUGAAAACAAAUCAAACAAUCAACAAUAUUAGUACUAAGGUAUUCAUCUAAAAACAUAAAGUGAGCAAGAUGCACUGUCUGUUCUAAGGCUGGAUUUAAAGUUAUUACUCAACAGGAUUUUGAACGAGGUUUUCUUAGGUCAGGAACUGAAACCAGAAGUUCUGGUUUCACCUCAGCUCUAUCUGCGUCCAGCUUGACACCGAGUGAGUCUGGAAAGUUCAGUGCUCUCUGGUGGUCAACGCCAGUAAGUACAACACGACAUUUUAUUUUUUAAAUCAAUGAACAGUAGAUAUUAACACCACUAUUAUUCUUCUUAAGAGUUUUACGACAGUUCCUAUGUAAACAAUAUCUGAAUACAUAUAUGUAAUAAUCACAUAGUUAUCUAACUAAAUGAACCUGCUUUGACCACCAGGAAAGCGUCCUGUCACCUCACAUCCCACCAGACUGUCUCCUGAAGGCCACUGACGAGCCACCGUGGGUUUUGAGAGACAAAACAUAAACACAAAGCGUUUACCCAUCAGGAUAACUGGGCUGUUCGGGGAUCAUGUUAUGUGCAGUGGUACAGAGGAGAAUCUAAACACAAAGCCUGCAGUUCACCAACAACAACUCCUGCUUCAUUAGUCACAAAAACAGCAGUGAUGUGACACUGAGCUGUGAGUCUGUUUUCAUGCUGGAGAGGACCAUGUGGAAUAUUCUCCUGCAAACAACCUGACUCUGAGACACAAGGAUGUCUUGGCCUGCUCUGUAUGCUCAGCUGGUCGGGGCGAACCGUCACUCCACCAGCCUAGGUAAAGUCUGGCUCUCUGUACUGUUUAUUUUCCGGGUCAUGGUGCUGGUUGUUGCUGCUGAGAGCGUCUGGGGAGAUGAACAGUCUGAUUUCACCUGUAACACACUACAGCCUGGCUGUGAAAAUGUUUGCUAUGAUCAGUUCUUUCCUGUGUCCCACAUCCGUCUCUGGUGUCUUCAGCUUGUUUUUGUCUCCACACCAACACUCCUGGUUGCAAUGUAUGUGGGCUAUCGGAACCACAGGGAUAAGCAGAGGCUGGUGCAGGGUUCUGGAAAAUCUGGUUUUCUCAGCAACAAAAGCCAGGAAGAAGAGCUGGAGACUCUGAAGAAGCGGAGACUCCCAAUAGCUGGCGCCCUCUGGUGGACAUACGCGUGCAGCCUGGUGUUCAGGCUGCUGUUUGAGGGAGGUUUCAUGUACGCCCUGUAUGUGGUGUACGAUGGUUUCCAGAUGCCACGGUUGGUGCAGUGUGAUCAGUGGCCGUGUCCUAACCUGGUGGACUGUUUCAUCUCACGCCCCACUGAGAAAACCAUCUUCACUGUUUUUAUGGCCACCGCCUCCUCCAUCUGCAUGGUCCUCAACAUGGCUGAACUUGCCUAUCUUGUUGCCAAGGCUGUCACUAGGGGUGUCAGUGAUCAGAAGGAGAGGAAAUCAAGCAGAAAAUCCAGCAGAGAGAGGACGCAGACCAAGACAAACCACAAGUUACUCGUCUCAACCUGAAGAAGCAGCGACAAGGAGGAUGAUACACACAGGAGAGAGACAUUCAAAAGACUUAAAACACUUAAAAGCUGCAUAAUUACAAGUGGAGCACACUGUGAAUGACCCAACUGUGUAAAUACAGCAAAAGUGGACAUUUUCUAUGAUACCUGAAAUGUAACAUUUAAAGGGUGGAGAGGAUGUCAGCGACUCAAAGUGUAUUUUUGCACAAUGCUGUUUGAGAGUAUGUGUCAGUAAUUUGUCUUCAGUUAUAACUUUUGUUAGUAUAGUUGUAUAAUGUGAUAUCUAGUUACACAGGCAGUAUGUUCUAAUGUAAUGGGCAAAAAUAGACAAAGGAAGAUUAUGUAUUUACACCAAUCAGCCUCAACAUUCAAACCAAUUGACAGGUGAAGUGAAUAACAUUGAUAAUUUUGUUACAGUACAGUGUUCUGUUGGGAAACCUUGGGUCCUGACAUUCAUCUGGAUUUUACUUUGACAGCAGAUCCAGCAUCUGGGGGAUGUCACUGGAACAAGCCACAUCCAUGGAGACCCCACCCUGCAACCCACCGGACCUGAAGGAUCUGCUGCCAAUGUCCCGGUACCAGACACCAUGGGACACCCUCAGAGGUGUCAGAGGGUGUCAGGGUCAGAGCUGUUUUGGCUGCAAGAGAGGGACCUACACAAUAAUAGGUAGGUUUCAUAGAUGCUGGAUCAGAUUGGGAUCUGGGGAGUUUGGAGGCCAGGUCAACACCUUUUCUGAGCAGUUUUUGUGGUGUGGUGGGAGCAUUGUCCUGCUGUUAGAACCCAAGGUUUCCCAGCAGAACAUUGUAUUGUAAUGAAAUGAUCAAUGUCACUUCAUCUGUCAGUGGUUUUAAUGUUGUGACUGAUCGGUGUAUAAUAAUGGUACUGUAGGAUUUAGGGUUAUCGUGCCAUCUAUUGGGGAGCAAUAAAACAGCAUGAGGAAAAAUGUGAGCACUGACUAGCAGCUACACACCUACAAUAUGUACACACACAUACAGACAAGUGUAUUUUUCUUGGAUUCACUGAAUAACAAUUCAUUGAACAUAAACACACUCACCAUUUCUCACUCCACUUCCACAAAUAAAAUGUGAUCUUAUAUUAAUUUCAUGUUACUCUAAUGGUUUUAUUAAAGAUUCAUAUCACAUUAAGAAUGCUGCUUAUCUGGGAAAACAAAACUGACUGACUCAAUAUAAUGUGGUGACACAAGCAGAUCACAGAGGAACACAUACAGUUAGAGCCACACAGUGCAUUAAACCACAUGUUUAUGUGAAAAUUAACUUGAAUUGAAACAGGUGCACACCUUUUGAUAAACUGCAUGCAAAGAAUCAAGUCAGUGUUUACUUCAGUAUAUUAUCAGAUGAAUUGUGACUGCACAGUGUUAUUACAGAGUGCUAAACUACAUUAGAAGAAUUAUACUCUGGACAUACUUAAAUAACUUAAUUACUCAACAGCUAUUAUCCAGACCACAGUUAUAGGGAUAUAGUCAACUAACCACUUUAUAUUUUUAGUUGAGCUCUCAUUAUCUGUGUUUGAUUGGGACACGGAUUAGGUAUUUGGGAAAGCUGUGUGUUUGGAACUAGGCUUAAUGUUUUUCUGCUAUUUACGGUGCUGAUGCUGUAUUUCAAGAUUAAAGCAAAACAGUUAAAUGAA